UCACUAGACAAGACAGCAGACAUCCAUAGCAAUUACAGUGGUGUCAGGAAGCGGGGCAGCUCUUCACUGGCCGAAGACAUUCACUUUCCUGCUGUCGGUUAGCGAAAGUUUGCCGUUUGUCAGGAGGAUUACGGGCUACCUGUGUUGCUGGGACACCAGAAAUUGGUCCUGAUUACCUUGGUGUUGGAGUAUUGUCCAGAGUUGUGAAUUUCAUUUCCUAAAGAGCUGUGUUGCCCAGGUGUGCUGAUUGACGGGGAUUGGGCAUUUCGGUGAAAGAUUUGCAAUUACUUACUUGUCCAUGAAGAUAAAGUGUUCACCGCGGAGAAAGAAGCUUAAUUUGUUUCUUCAGAUUGGUGGAAGAAGUGGGAUUUCUAUAUAAGUGGAGAUUUCUUUGGUUUCCCUGGAUUCGUCUCAUCAGAAAUCCUCAUUAUGAUUGUGGAUUAUUUUGAAGAGAAUUGAAACUGUUGUGAGAUUCCUAAAAACUGUUGAUCUUGAUCAGUGAGGAUAUGAUUUGAUGAAAAACUGACUGUUGAGGAUAUGAUAUUGUGAAAACUGUGACAUAAGCAAUAACAUUGAAAAUGUCGCGCACAAAUGGAGUACGCCCAGCGAGCACGGGAGCUUACGUCUCCAUGUGGGAGAGCAAACUACAGGAGUUGAUGGAACUGUUGACGCGGACGUCGCUGGAGACUCACAAGUUGGAUCUGAUGGCGGAGAUCUCCAGCCUCAAGAUCAAGCUGGCAACAGCAGACAAGGACAGACGCGAGUUAGACGACCGACUCCGGUCUGCACAGAGACAAAUAACAGAACUGGAGGCCAAGAACACGAUAAAAGAAGCGGAAAUCUGCGACUUAAGAUCACGGUUGGGGAAGAAUGGCACAAUUAUCUCCCCUGAAUCUGGAGGAGAUGUCUCGAGAGAUUCAGUUCGCGAGCGAACGUUAGAUAGGCUAAAGCGAAAACAAACCGAAGUUGAAAAGCUGAAGAAGGCCGUGGACUCGCUCAUGAUAGCCAAUGAUGACAAGGAUCGAAAACUGGAUGAUAUGAAGCGACUACUGAAACGAUAUCGGCGUGUGGAAGAAUUACUUGUUCAAGCACAAGGUCGCAAAGCGGUAGAUGAGCUCCUUAUAAACGAAGAUGACACCAGUUCCACCAGCUCGUCCACAACGCCCUCUGUAGGGGACGCCAUCCGAGAAAACUCGCAUUAUGAGUACAACGACAGCCGCCACUACCUCGCAUCCCCCAGCGCAACCAGCACACCAGUUCAUGCGGGAGACCGAAUUGGACCGAACCACUACGGAACACCCACUCUACCGCCUAACACACGAGAAGCCCUCGGCAUGACACGGUCCAACAGUUGUGAAAACGUGGCCCCAGCACAGCAGAAAACCCCGUCCACAAGUAAGAAGAAGGGCGGAGCUACUGACACAGUCGGUUACGGUACGUUGCCUAAAGAGCGUUUUAGGGAACAGGAAGUCAAAGAGCCCAAGCGCAAUCGAGGCUUCCCCAUGUUUGGGAAAACUCUAAUGCGAGUCCGAUCAGGAAAGCGGAGCUGCUCUGCGCCCAACUUAGCUCACACUGAAGUUGUCACAGACGAUGAAGAUGGCCUUCAGCAUCUCGGACACGGAGGCAACAUGGCCCACGACAAGAAGAAGAGAGGCCUUCGGAGGUUGUUUGGAAAAUUAAAACGAAGCAGUUCUCAGGACUUUGACGGUGACAGGGAUGGGGAGUUCCGACGAGGGGGAGUGCGAGCUACCGCCACAGCCAGGCUCGGCUGGUCUAAAGACCUCAAGGGAACGACAGAUCUGGACAUCCCGUUUGCCCGCUGGGAUGGCGACCGUGUCACUGCAUGGAUGAACGACAUCGGACUUAACAUGUACGUGGUGGACUGCAAGCGCUGGGUGCGCAACGGAGAACAGUUGCUACGUGCAUCAACGCAGGACCUUGAAAAGGAGAUGGGGAUGAAGAAUUGCCUUCAUCGGAAGAAGUUGCAGUUGGCCUUACAGGCAAUUGGCUCCGAGACGACGGAGAAGCUUGGAGAACUGGAUCACAACUGGGUGGCACGCUGGCUGGAUGACAUCGGUCUGCCGCAAUACAAGGAUUCGUUCUACGAUGCCCGGGUGGACGGCAGGAUGCUUCACUACAUGACAGUGGAGGAUCUAUUAGCCCUGCGGGUGAGCAACGAGCUGCACCAUAUCAGCAUCAAGCGGGGCAUUCAGGUGCUGAGGAUCAACGGGUUCAACCAGCAGUGCCUCAAACGCCGCCCAUCAGCUCAAGAGGGUCACCUGAUGAACAUCGCUGGAGAGGUUGCUCUCUGGACCAACCACCGGGUGAUGGAGUGGCUGCGCACCAUCGACCUGUCGGAGUACGCUCCCAACAUGCGGGGCAGUGCCGUUCACGGGGCAAUCAUGGUGCUGGAGCCGCGCUUCAAUGCAGAACUGUUUGCCCAGCUGCUGUCCAUCCCCACCAGCAAGACCCUCCUGCGACGGCACCUCAACACUCACUUCGUCAGUCUGAUCGGUCCCGAGGUGCAGCAGAAGAAGAGGGAGUUUGAGGCGUCAACUGGCUAUAUUACACUGAUGCCCAGCAACAAGAUCAAGAAGGGAAAGUUUGGUAUAUUUGGCCACAAGCGGAGCAAGUCGGAGACGGAAGCUGAUGGCUUCAUCUGUCCCAUGGACAUUUCCUCUCCGGUAGACAAAGACAGGCUCCGCAACGGCACAACCAACGGAACACACGAUCCUAAGACUGAGAAAGCUGUCAAAGAAAUAGGUGCUUUCUCCAAGGAAAUAAACUCUCUCACAAACAUGCUAGCACACGACCGAUUCUUUGAGAAUGUUCAAACCUCGAACGUAUGACUGGUCUAGCUGCGUCCGUCACAUGUCCGCCACGUGUCUGUCACAUGUCCGUCCACCCGUCAGUUCUACUGUCUCGGGGGGGCUGCUUGGAAUCUCGCCUCUUAGUCAAGGGAGACAACUCCUGCAUGAACCGCCUUUGGCAGGCUCUCACACUGAAACAAGUCCUUCAACAUUGUCUUCAACAGUGUCUUUUACCAGGACGACCCAAUUCUAACACGCGCAUGCAUUAUGGGAGAAUUCAUGCAUCAUACAUCAUGCGCCGAUCAAAUUUCAUCGAAGAAGGUAUCUGUAUCUUCAUCGCCUAAACACCCGGAUCGGUAACCAUGUGACUAUUCUUACUGGAGCUCUACCUUUUGGACGUUUCCGUAGCCUUGGUGCAAAGUUAAGGCUUCUCUGUAGAUGUGUACAGCCAUAUUUUUAUAGGAGACUUUGUAAGAUAGUGUAGAUACUGUUGAUAUGUCCAAUGUAAAUAGUACAACAUAGUGCAUUGUUGUGGUAGUUAUUACAGACAUUGGAUCUGUUUUGUAGAACUUUUGCUGACUCCAUCAAGUAGUUACACUGACAGACCGGUAGUCCAAGAGCAGUUCCUACCCAAAUGUGACAUUCAAAAAUGAUCGAUCUUCUCUUUGAGACAUUGAGAUUUUUAAUUGUGCUUCCUGUUUCUUGUGUUGACCAUUUUGUUGCUGUUGUAUCUUUUUUAAUCAAAUGGAGAAAUGUUUUAUCGCCAGAUUCCUAAACUCUACCAGUGCUACACGAUGUGUUUUAAAUGGAGUGAGUCGAUUUUUACAUAAUUUUAUACAAAAUAUAAAAAACCCAAUGUCAAUUUGCCAAAUUAUGAUUUUCUUCCAGACCCUUUAAACCCUCCUCUUUAAAAAAAUCAAUCUGUUUACUAUGACUAAAUAACUAUUGGCUUGACCUUUGCCCUUUAAUUUGUUUUCGGUCAAGAAUGAGGUGGGAGGGAAUUUGAAAUAAGAUUGCGCACAUUUGCAAGUUCCAUCCAGAUGUUUUCCUGUCAAGGAAAGCGUUGGUUGUGUGGAAAGCAAGAUUUGAUCAUGUACUGCGAAUAUUUUGUCCCGUUGCUUUUUGUCUUGACAUUUCGCUUGGUCACCAUUCGUUUGUUAAUCUGCACAAAACUGCUUUGAAUAUGGAUGUACUAUAUUCCUUCUACUUUGUAGGUUUAUGAAACAAUGCAUUAUUUUCCCGACAACAUAUUAUUUACCCACUUUUGAAAUAUUUCAAAACUUUGCAGUCUUUGAUGGCUCCUUGUUAUUAUGAAACCCAACAAUUGUACUGAAUUUAUUUUCAUACCAUAUCUAUAGUGUUUGGGUAAAAUCGGAUGCCGAUAGAUUUUGAGAAUUUGUUGAUGACACUGCUGUGGAUGGCUCCGUGGUGCUGAUAGUCCUAAAAGUUGUAUUAAGAGAAUCGUGCUGAUAUAUGACCAGAACUGGUUAUACAGUCCAAGAAAUAAUGUCUUACAAAUUGCGAAAGGCUAAUGACCUUCUUUGAUUAGCUAGUAGCAUAGAAAUGCCCUUAUAUCCCAGUUGUCUCCACGCUGCAGUUUACCAUGCAGAGUUGCAUCCCUUAGCCGUGCCAGGAACUUAUGAUCAUGGUUUGAAUCCCAUAUUUGGCCUGAUUUGGGAUGUAGGUUUGUCAGCACCAUUCCCGUGCUUGUGGUUUCACAAAAGUGGUAAAAGUCUAGCAUCACUUCGAGCAUCACAUCAAGCUGACACGCCGUGAUAUAACUGAAAUACUGUUUAAAGAGGUGUUAAGAAAUUCAGGAAGGAAUCCAUUGUUACAUAAUUCUGAGGUGUAAAUGAACCAUUGACAGUUGGCUGAAGUGCAAGCAAAUAUUUCUGCUAAGCAUUUGUUUGGGUGAUUGUGAGGGGCAGUUCUGUCAGGUAGAGACUAAUUAAUAUUGAUUUUGAUGUAAAUGAGAAGCUGGAUAUAAAUUCAGCUGUUUUGUUAUGGUGGAAUAAAAAUAGGAAUGUAAUUGAUUUUUGCGAAUGUAUACAUUGUUUCAAGUGCCACUAACAACGUACCUAUUCAUGUCUGGUUGUGAUGAAUUUGACCAUGUGUGCCUACAUGUAGGCUCGGUGUGCCUACUCACCUGUACCAACCAGGGGACUGCGGGAGAAUUUAUAUUGACUUUUUAAAUGAAAAUGCUUUUGAAAUAUUUCCGCUAUUUUCAUAUUGGUCAAUGUUUACACAUUUGCUAAGGUGUAUUUUAAACGAAACAGUGUUUUGUAUUCAUAAGAAUGUGUUGUUACCAGAACCACUCCCCGGUUUGGUACUGGUGUAGAAGCCUAUAUUUCCCUAUCUGACUCGACUGACUACCACUGACCAGCUCACUGUCUUGCCUGAGAAACUAGGACAUCCCAGAAACCCCACAUCACAUAGUAAGACGUGUGGUUUGUAGCCCCUUAAAAAAAACCUUAAAGAUUUCUUAAAAAGAUUGUCAGAUGAUGCCUAUUAUUUUCGACUGAAAGUAAAGAACUUAAGUACUGUUCCAAGCUGAUUGUGCCAACAAAGUUCUUCAAGGACAUCCAAUUCAUUAAGGCCUCAAUUCAUAGAUUUACGUCCAAAAUGUUUAAAAAAAAAAAAAAAUUAAAUUUUACAUUUUUUAUUUAUUUAUUUUUUAUUUUAUUUUUUUAGAUAGACUGUUCAUGGCAUCAGUGAUCAUUAACUGUCGACAGAUGUGAUUCAUAUGAAGCAUGAAUGUUUGGUAGGACUACAUACAUGGUGAAUAUUAUGUAAGGAUAAGGACAUGUCGGUUUUCAUCAUCUGUAAAUACUUGGGGACCCAUGAAGAUCCUGUGUAGAAUAGGUCUUCAGCAACCGAUGCUUGCCGUAAAAGGCGACUAGGCUUGUCGUAAGAGGCGAUUAACGGGAACGGGUGGUCAGGCUCGCUGACUUUGUUGAUGCAUGUCAGCGAUCCCAAUUGCAUGGAUCGAUGCUCAUGAUGUCAAUCACUGGAUUGUCUGGUCCAUACUGGAUUAUUUAAAGACCGCCGUCAUAUAGCUGGAAUAUUGCUGAGUGUGGCGUUAAACAACAAUCAACCAAACAAGAUACUUGGGGGGACAAUAAAAUAAUGUGAGGUGGAAUGUUUGGUAGUAGUAAGUGAAAAUCAAAUAGUUAAUUUAUUAUGACCUUAGAAAUGCUUCAAGUGUGAGCAUGUCCCGCGCAGGGUGUUGCUGGGAUGUCCUGUGUUGUUCUCCUGAGACUGAUAUUCUCACACUGAUAUUGUCUUUGAACAUUGUUAUUUUUGUAACAUUUACCCACCUCCUGACAAAAUGUCAUACUCUGAAACUCAACUAACAUCCACUUUUGCCUUCACAAUAUAUUUUUCUGCCUCUAUCUUUAUCAAAAGAAUUAAUUAUGUCAGACACACCUGUCAAGACUAGCACAUUCACUAGCAAUGCAUUUUCACAAUAUGUUUUGUCUGUAUCUGUAUAAAGUUGUAUCCUAGGGACUUGGAUGUUUCUGAGUAAUAUAUUUCUUUGAUAUAUCAUGCACCGAAGUACAGUAUAUCAUUUUUGAUACAUAUUUCAAUGUCAUAUUUUCAUAAACAGCCAUGUCUCAUAUCUGCUAUAUACCAUGUUUACAUAGCUUAAGAUUUGAUACCCUAUUGCAGUUGCAGGGGCGGUCCGGUAGCCUAGUGGUUAAAGCGUUCGCUCGUCACGCCGAAGAUCCGGGUUCGAAUCCCGACAUGGGUACAAUGUGUGAAGCCCAUUUCUGGUGUCCCCCGCCGUGAUAUUGCUGGAAUAUUGCUAAAAGAGGCGCAAAACCUGACUCAUUUUUUCACUCAUUCACUGUUUUGUCUGCUCUAGACUCGUUUAUAUACAGGCUGCUGUCAUGUAGCUGGAAUAUUGCAGAGUAUGGGGUUAAACUGCAAACACUCGCAAAUAAACUCAAGGUUGGUGAGUUGGGAGGACUGUCACUGGGCAUGCCUGCAGUUACCACUUUCUCACGUUUCUGAUUGGCUGUUUUGACUUCCGGUUUUUGAUUGGUUGAAUAAGCCUCAUUGAAAGUAGAUUCUCCAAAUACACACAAGAAACAAAAGUUUGUGAUUUCCAUCAAACGUUGACAAGAUUAAUGUUACAUGGGUGUGAAAACAACUCCCAGAUUGUCUCUUCUGACAACAAUGUGACAGCAUUGGGAGAGAUAGUCUUCUUUGAGUCAUGCUAGUUGUUGUGUUACUGUAUCUAUCAGAUAUAUGGCUGUACAUGAUUGUGCAGUGUCCACUCGCUAGCAGAGCCAUUAUGGCUUCUGAUCCACAUUUCCAUCAGCCUGUCUGUUUUCUAGAAAUACAAAUUGCUGUUAUUGUGUCAUGUUAGGUUAGGUUCCAACUGUUGUACCUCUGUCUGUCUGUCUUAGUGAGCUGUUCUGCCGUUAGUCCAAGUCUUCCAACUCCCUUCAGGGAGCAGAGGGGCGACAUUGAACGUGAGAAAAGUAAUGUAAGGAGAUCAAUUUAGGAGUAGUAGGGCGGUAAAUAUAUGGGUUAACUAAUGCAAGGUGAUAAAUAUAUGGGUUAACUAAUGCAAGGUGAUAAAUAUAUGGGUUAACUAAUGCAAGGUGAUAAAUUGAGGGUUUAAUAUACAGAGAUAAAUAGAUUGGUUAACUGUAAGGGAGAUAAAUUGAUGGGUUAACUGUAAAAUAAGGAGAUAAAUUGAUAGGAUAACUGGAGAGUAAGGAGCUAAACCAAUGGGUUAACUGUAAAGUAAGGAGAAAAAAAAAAUGGGUUAACUGGAGAGUAAGGAGCUAAACCAAUGGGUUAACUGUAAACUAAGGAGAUAAAUUGAUUGGUUAACUGUAAAAUUAGGAGAUAAAUUGAUAGGAUAACUGUAAAGUAAGGAGAUAAAUCAAUGGGUUAACUGUAAAGUAAGGAGAUAAAUCAAUGGGUUAACAUUUUAUUAAGGGGAUACAUUUAGUUUGAUAAGAUGUAUUUGACGUACCUUUGACAUAAUGGAAACUAUUUUCUUGAAUUACCAUUAACAAGUCAGAACCGGUAUUUUCAUUCUAACUUGUAACCAUGUUUGAAAGUUUGUAACCAUGUUUAAAGUGAUCAUUUGGAUAAGGAUUAAUAUUGUUGUCACACAAAUUGCCAAAAUUUGUAAGGUACUAAAGAUGAGUUCACACUGAUAAAGUUACCAUGUCGGACAGUAGAGCUGGGUACGAGGAUACGGCUCGGUACGAGGGUGUAGCAGUGGCAACAUGUUUGAGUUGAUACAGCACAACGAACACCACCAGUGUGAACCUAGCUUUGCCCGACUCUGUGAAAUUGUAUAUAACCUGUAUAUAGCACUGCCGUCCAACCACCCCACUUCUCUUCACGAUCUGUGCACGAAGCCAACUGGCAGUUUUAGGUCACCUUUACCUAAUUUUGUCUCAUAACAAAAUGCCACCAGUUUAGUUAGUUUUCCAAAAUGUUCAAAUGUAUUUUCUUAAUUCUUUCGGCUCAUUCCGGUCUUUCCAGUUGUCAAAUUUCCAAUCCAACUUUAGGCCUCCAAUAUCAGAAAGUCAUACAUCUUCAGCUUCUAUGACCGCUCGUGUCAUUCGGUCAAGCCGAAUGCCCCUCUCGUGGCUAUUUUGUCGACUUGGUUCUACCUUCGUGCCAGGUAAUAUCGCUAAAGAAUAGUCCACUUCUAUAUUUUCUGAAUAUGAUACUACUGCCUGUUAUUCUGCUGUCACUGUGGUAUAUUUUUACAUGCAAACUACAUGUUCAUCUAUAAACAGGAAAGUAAAUGUUAUAUUUUUAAAUAAAAUUACUAUUUCUAGGGCUAAAUGUUGUGAUGGAGGUUUCAUCUUGAAGUAACUGAAAGUGGGGAGAGUGGUGACGAACGCAUCUUCAGAUAAUAAGUUCUUCAGCGAAUUGUGUUCCUGACUGGUAGACAUGGUAUAUUUAAUGCGUGGGAACAAAUUUUUACAACAUAUUGAUAUUUGUUUGACUUUCUCUGCCCCUUACUCCAGGCUGACUAUUUUCAGUUUGUUCAAAUAAGCACACAUAUAUUCAGUUGAAAUAAGCAAUUCACUUCUCAAACAUACUUGUCUUUUGUCGCUUAUUCUAUUUUGAUUAAUUUCAAGAUCCAUUCAUUUAAUUUGCUUUGAUUUUCUUUGUCCUAUUUUUUUAAUAACUAAAACUGAUGUCAUUGCAAAGUUUUGUAAUAUUUCUCAAGAAAUAAUGCUUCUUAAUGCAAUGAAUGGUUUCUUUUCACCCUAACAGUUCUGCACAUUGGUAUAAACUGUUGUUUUUAGCUGUCAUAUUGACAUGUUUUUCAUCUUCAGUUAUGAAAUCUUAUUUACUUGGAUUUUGACACUCAUUAAUCAUUUUUAAAAGUCGGUCAUUAUUUUGUUUUCAUGUUUUACUAUGUUAUGAAAAAAAAGAAAGUUGUCCAAUUGUUUGUUUGUUUGCCAUGGAAACUGAAAACACUGGGGAAUCUAGAGGGAACUAGGCCACCUUUUAUGCAGGAUUCAAGCUGGACUUAUCCUGGAAUGUUUUUAUUCUUCUACUGUGACCUUGUCAGGAAUGAAAUAAGACAUUCUUGCGUUCAAGACAUGAAUGGUAACUUAGAUUCCGACAAUGGUGUGGCUAGAAUUGUCAGAUCUGUCAAUUCCAGGGCCUGUUCCACAAAGUGAUCUUACCACUACGAUCAUAACUCCCGUACUUUAACAUUGACUUACAACAGUCAUAGUUACGAUGAUGAUCGUAUCUCCAGUGCGUUAACAUUGACUUACGACAAUCGUAGGCUAUGAUGAUCGUAACUCCCGUACCUUAACAUUGACUUACGACAAACGUAGCGCUCUGAUGAUCGUAACUCCCAUACUUUAACAUUGACUUACGACAAUCAUAGCGCUCUGAUGAUCGUAACUUCAAUACUUUAACAUUGACUUACAACAAUCGUAGAGCUAAGAUCACUUUGUGGAACAAGUCCCAGAGAACCAACUUCAGGUAUACCAAAAACAUGGAAUUAUCAUCACGUAAAACAUCUUUAUUUCAGAAAGCAUAUUCUAUGUGUUCUGUGUCAAUGGAAAAUAAAGGAUUGCUGGCUAAUGCAUCCAAUCUAAUGUAAUGUGAAGAUUUCCAGAUGAAUGAACUUUGGACAUGUAUGUUAGCCUGAGAGAACAUGCCUCGGGUGGUGGUGAGUACAUGGUAGCCCUGCAGACGGUAGCCCUGCAGACCUGGUUUUCACAUUCACAUCUUGAAUAUGGUUCUCUUUCCAUGAUUGACAGUGCCAGAUCUGAACCUUCCCUCGCUCAGUCUGAGGCAGAAUAUCAGCAAACUGGUUCAGAUAUUGGAUUAUAUUUUGAGUGAGAGAGCAUGUGAACUCUUAAAGAAUUUGACUGACUUGUGCAAUGGUAUGUGUCAAGUUACUGUGUGUUUCCAUCAUGUAAUAAACAGCAUUAUCAAAUA